AUUUCAUGUCAUGGUUAUUGGUUCAUCCAAUCUCAUUUAUCACCACCUCCGUCUUGGCUCUCUCUCCCACGGUUUCUGAACCCUUCUGUGCGACAUGUGUAGGCUAGAGUCCAUUGGUGUGGUUAGUUAGUUAAUAACAGGAAAAUGAAACUUUGUUUUAUGUUUGGUGGAAGCUUAUAAGUCGUGCCAGCUAAUCUCCUUUACUACAUUAAACUAUUCUUUUGCUGAAAAGUCAUUUCUUUUCUUUUUGUGCUUUUCCUUCUCAAUUAUUUUAUCAACUCCAACUCUGUCUGUUCCACUACACUUUGGCCUUCACUGGAAAGUAGUGGUACUUAAAUGUCAUUAAAAGUUAAUUGAUCUUUGCAAGUAUGAUGCAGUUGGUGUGAUCUACAACCCCUGGAAUUAGCUCACUCUUGUUUGAUUGCUUGCUUUGUCUUUGAUGAUUGGGGUUAUCAUUUAGGACUUCGGAAUUUGCACAGCAGCACAAGUACAAAAAGCAGAUAAAUUAUGCCUUUACUUUGGAAAGGUGAGGUGGAAACCGAAGUUAAGGAGAGAAUCUGAGAAUGAGUGCUCUCUCAUUCUCACACCACAUGCACAUGAAAUGGCUCUGUACCUUUGGGGGUCAUAUAGGGUUAUGACCGAGUAGUUGUUGUUGCACCAAUUUUUGAAGGCAAGUUUUUGUUUUUGGAUUUCGUUUGUCUUUCCUCUCCGUUGUGUAAUUAGAUGGGGGAGACGGCAGCUUCCAAUCCUGCUUUGCAAGUGUCUGUUUCGUUCGGUAGAUUUGAGAACGAUUCCUUGUCUUGGGAGAAAUGGUCUGCUUUCUCACCAAAUAAGUACUUGGAAGAAGUUGAGAAGUGUGCCACACCUGGAUCAGUUGCUCAGAAGAAAGCUUACUUUGAAGCUCAUUACAAGAACGUUGCUGCCCGGAAAGCCGAAUUGCUUGCUCAAGAGAAGCAGACGGAGAAAGCUUCUGUUAAGACACAAUAUCAAAAUGAUGAAGAUCUGAGUUGUAACAGUUGUGUGACUGAUGCAGAAUGUGAUAUUUCCAAUGCUCAAGGUUCUAGUGAAGGGGUUAAGCAAGAAACCAAUUCAGUCGGUGAGAUUGUUAGGACUGAUGUGAGUAAUUUGGAGGAGUAUGCUGCAGUUUCAAGAGAUUAUCAAGGUUCAUCAGUUGAGGGAGGAAAAGUGAAUGAUGAACUGGAGAGAAGAUCGGGUAGUUCCCUGAUAGAGAAACAUGAAGAAGUUGUCUGCAUUGAACAAGGAGGGAGUAAAGAAGAAAGUCCUAACAUUGAAGCUGAAGGUUUGAAGGAAAUUUCACACAAUGUAAACAAUGAGCCAGUAAGGGCUUCAGAAAUUGAAGCACAAUAUAAGACCUUGGAUAACCCAAAGGUAUCUAAGAAGGUUACCCCAGUGAGCAGAGAAAGUAAUACAUUAAAGGGGAAGAAGAAAUCCGUGCAACCUACGUCUAAGCCUAAGGCAUCUCGAAUUUCCACUCCUAGGAAUCCAAAGCCAACAUCGACUCCCACUAAAACAUUUGCAUCUGCAUCUUCAACUAAAAGGGAAAUUUCUCCAUCAAUAUCUGGGAGGGAAACUGCUUCCACUGCAGAGAACAGAAAAGUUCCUAAUGAAACUUUGCACAUGUCCCUUAGCUUGGGUCCAAGCCAAUCUGAACCUGGUCCGCGUACUACAGUGAGGAAAUCUUUGAUUAUGGAGAGAAUGGGGGAUAAGGACAUAGUCAAACGAGCAUUCAAGACGUUUCAGAAUAAUUUCAAUCAGCCCAAAACUUCUGGUGAAAACAAAUCUUUGGUAAAAGAAAAGGUUCCUUCAAAGGUGACAGAGGCAAGGAAUCUGACAUCUAUAUCUCUGCGAAAGGAAUAUGGGCAGUCACCCAAGGUUGACAAUGCUGGUAAAAGAAGUGGGAAUACUGCGCGAACUGCUUUCGGCCUAAAACCUGAUGUUAAAGCAGAGAAAGGAAAAGAGUUUCCAAGAAAAAUAGAAGAAAAAUUUUAUGCAAAAGAGGUAGAAAGAACGCAUCAUCAAUCGAAAUCGAAGGAGGAAAAGAUAAAACAUAAUAUCAAGGCCACUUCCUUGCCAGCUUUUCACCAGGGUCAGAAAGCAUCCAAAAACCACCCACAGAAGGAGGAAAUUAAGAUGGAGAAAUGGAGGUAGCCUAAGAAGCAUGAGAAAAAGAGGUUGAAAACAUUAUGAUAUCUUAGGUCUGGUCACACUAUGAUAUCUUAGUUUAGUCUGCAACAGGAGAACCAAUUAUCUAGUUAUAUAGGACUAUAGGAGCUGAUGAACAAUGUAAGGAGUAGGAAGGAGCAAAGCAUCAAUUAUUGGUAAUAAAUUUGGUGUGAGAAACAAUGUUGUAUAACUAUAAUGUCCAAUGUGAGAAUGAGAAUGCAUGCAUUUUCUUAUGACUGGUUGCAUUGUUUCCAUCUAUUGGGGAAUAUUUGUAUUUAUUUUUGGGUGGGAUCAAGGGAAAAGCUCUUGGGACCCAAUAAGGAAUUGAAAAUGGGAAUACAUACUACACAAGCAAUAACUCUUGCACAGUUGCAUUGAACAA